CCUCAGCGGAGAGUGAAUCAUGUCUCAAACCUGUGACCAUGGUCUUACGGAACAGGAGCUAAAACUUCAUAUUUCUUGGUAAUAUUAAGGCCCAAACCCUUAUGAUAGCAACAUGGGAAUAUCGGAUAAGGAGGCGUUUAGGAUCCUUGGCCUACCCUUAGGUGUAGAUAAGGAUGCCAUCAAUGAUAGAUACAAGUCAAUAAGCAGUAAACUCUCUGCUAGCAAAUCUCCGGAGGAUAAAAAGAAACUGGAACAGGUGGUUGCUGCUUACAGCCAGCUGCUUCCCCCACCCCCUCACAAAAUGCAGCAGAGCAAACAAAAUAAUAGGGCAUCUAAUGUUAAAGGUCACCCAAUUGCGUAUGAUGACGAUGAUGAUUCUGAUGAUGAUAGCUCUGAAGAUGAGUGGAGAGUUUUAUGCCGCAAUGGAGACGCUCGAAACCACCUUACAAAAUCUAAUGCAGACUUAACGGAUGCUGAGAAGGAGAAGAAGAAAGCUGAAAAAAGAAGAGCGAAAAAGAAAAGAAGGAAAGAAAAGAAAAAAUUAGAAAAAUUAGAAAAUCAGAUAUUUAAUCAAAAUUCCAAUAAUAGCAAUAGUAAAAGGGAAGACGAUUCUGGAUCCAAUGACGACGACGACGAUGAUGACGAUGAAGAGGAAGGGCAGGGUUUGGAUCCUAAUUCAGCAUUUGUUGCAACUGCAGCAGGUAAAAAAAUAGGACUUGGCGCUACAUCUAAAAAUGAAGAUCGACGGAAAUCGGCUCUGAGUAAAGGAGGAAGUCAUGAGGAAGACGAUGGUAUUUCUGCAAGCAUCGACCCAGUGGUGCUACAAUCCCGCCAGUUGGCCAUCCGAGGCAAUGAGGCGGCCAAUGUAGGCCAAUAUUCUGUAGCUGUUCGCCUUUUUUCUGAUGCCAUCCGUCUGGAUCCUAAUGAUCACCGCUUCUUUGGCAACAGAUCCUAUUGCUAUGAUCAGCUAGGACAGCAUGAAAAAGCAUUAAAAGAUGCCGAGAAGGCAAUUAAGAUAGCACCCCAGUGGCCUAAAGGACAUUUCAGAAAAGGCACUUCACUUAGAGGAUUAGGAAAAUAUAUAGAUGCUGAAUCUGCCUUUGAAGAAGUUCUUCGUUUAGACAAAGGUUGUCAAGAAGCUCAAGAGGAAAUUCGCAAAGUUAGAAUAGUUCGUAUUGUUGAAAUGGGAUUUACUGAAAGACAAGCUAAAAGUGCCAUUGCUAUAUAUAAUCAUGUACAGCAUGCCUUAGACGCUUUGUUAGCUGGAGAGUUUAAAGAAUCGCUGGAAGAUGUAUUUUACUCAGACGAUGAAGACGAGUUCCUUAAACGUGCAAAAAUAUCACAGGGUUCAAAGGACGUUAAAAUGAAGACGUUCACUGCGUACGAUGAUACGCAUUUAGCACGGAACCGUCAUGCCAGUCCAAGAAAUCCUGAAGGAUUGACAUCGUUAUGGGUCGGCAAUGUUUUACCAGAAGUUACGGAAAAUUUGCUUAGCCAGUUGUUUUCAAAACAAGGUCGUGUUACUAGUGUCCGUCUUCUGAAAGAAAAAUACUGCGCUUUUGUAAAUUAUGCAGACAAGGCUGCGGCUGGUCGUGCCAUGGAGGUGUUACAAGGUUACGAGUUUUGUGGGCAGAAGCUUCUUAUUAAAUUCCCAGAUAAUCCAAUAGUUAGCAGUGCUCAGAAUGCCAUCAUCAGGAAAAACAAGCCUCAAAGUAUAAAGAAAGGCUCUGCUGCAGCUGCGGUCCCGCCUUCAGCUGUUUCCAGAGGGCUUCCGAACUACAAGGCGAUUUCUCAAAGGUCUGUGCAAGAGUCCAAACUUUGCUGUGAUGGUCUACCUGCAGGGCUGGGUUUUGCUUCGUCAGCUGUUUUUGUUCCUUUGGGGAACCUGUUCUGGUUCCUUCCUCUCUCGCAAUCGCUGGGUUCAGCCUCCGGGUACCUUACGUUGACUGCUGCAUCAUCGGCUUCCUCUUAGAUUUUUUUGGGGUCUAGUGUCUUGGCGCCUGCCUGAGUCCUCGCUCGAUAUGUUCACAGAUGCAUCGGCUCUUGGCUGGAGUUUUGUGACCAAUGCUCACCAGGCUGGCCAGGGUCGGUGGGGUCUGUCCUUCCGUCGAGCCCACAGCACGGUGCAUUAGCUCGCAGCUGUGUGGAUGUCGUUUUGAAGGAUUAGGGUCACUCGAGGCGCCGAUCUGGGUCUGUUCGAACUGCUACUCCAGUGGUUCAUUGCCUGAACCGUGGGGAUUCGAUGCAAUCCUUGGCUCUUUGGGGCUCGUCAGUUUGGGUGACUCGACCACUGUGUUCUUGGGGUUGGGCUCUCCUGGUCGUUCACUUUUGGGGGGGCACUCAACGUCCUGGCGGAUGGCCUGUCCUGGAUCAUUUCCCUGUCCUCGGAAAGGAAGGUCGACGCCGAUUCGUUCAGUUGACUCUGCCAGACUUACAGGCUCCUGGAGGUGGACCUUCGUGUCGGCGUGAUCAAGGCAUCUUCCGAUAUGUGUCGCCCUUCCCCGACUGCGAGACCGUCGGGGUCAAUGCCUUCAGGCAAGACUGGUCGAGGUGGAGUUGUGCCGCUUUUCCCCAGUCCUGCUAUUGCUCCAGGUCCUGGCUCGCUUUGAGAUGUACCAAGGGACAGUAGUCAUGUUGGCUCCUUGGUGGCUGGCCCAGCCUUGGCUUCAGGCGCUGCUUGCUCAGUGUCCGAACCCCGGGGGUCUUCUUGCAGCUCCACCUCUUUCAGCGGAUCGGGCCAGUUCGUUACGUGGAUGGUUCGAUCUUCUCCUCAAGUCUUCAGGUCUGUUUUUUCUAAUGCGGGUCUAUCACCAUUUGUAUGGUGUACAGGUGGUUUCGUUAAUGGUGUCCCACCAGCGUGCUUCGUCUAGGCGGCAGUACUGUAUGAAGUUUCCUGGCGGUCUUUUCGUUAUUUUUUGUCCCUCCAUAAGUUUUCUUCAGUAUUGGAUUGGGUUGUCUUGUCCUUCCUUUCUUGGUUACUUUAGGACCGUCAUCUUAUGCCGAAUACUGUCGCCUCAUAUUGUGCUGCCCUGGCGAAGCUGCUUCAGCUUGCGUUCGGGGUGGAUGUUACUUCUGCUCCAUUCUGCAAGCUGUCUCAUGUGCCGCCUGAGUCUUUCUGGUUGUUGGACCGGGUGCUUUCUUUUUUGUCUUCUCGGUUUGCGCAGGCCCCUUCAGUUCAGGAUUAUUUUUUGAAUUUUUUUUUUUCCUGUUGGCAUUGGCCUCUACAAGUCAGGUUGGGAAGCUUCAUGCUCUUCUCCUGCACAGAGGUUUCUGCUCUUUUGGUCCUGGUGGUAAUUUUGUUCAUUUGCAGCCGUCUUCCUCUUUUCUAGAUGGAAUGAGACUGCUGCUUUCCAGAGAGGUCCUUGGGUUGUGGAUGCUGGGUUGGUUCAGCCAGGGGUGCAUCAUGUGUUGUGUCCGGUUUCGGCUCUUCACUGUUACCUGCACGCCACAGCCAUGGUGGCCGGGGAUGCACUUUGGGUUGACCCGGUUUCCCUUCUUCCCUGUUCCAGGGUUCGGGUCUCCAAAUUCAUCCUCAGGGUUAUUUGGUCCAGCCAGCCUGCAGUCUGUCCUGGUGCCCAUGACAUUCGUAAGUUUGCUGCUUUGGCUGCCGUCUUUGGUAAUGUCUUGGGCUGACAUUGGGCACGGGGGUUUUUGGAGGUCGAACAGGGUCCUGGUCACUCACUACCUCGUUAAUGUUCCAGGCCCCUAGUCAGGCUUCUAGUCGGCGGUUGCAGCCAGUUGUCGCGACUUCGAGUCGAGGAGUGAGUGACGACCGCCUCCCGAGUAAGUCUCUCUGGGGAGCUGAAGGGGCUUAUCUCAGAAAACCAGUGUUGAAUGUAAUGAAAUGCUAUUUUCUGGGUGAGACCCAGAGGCUCCCCAGCAUCCCUACCUCCCUAUCUCCCUCCGGUCAGCGGUUUUCGCAGUUUUUGACAUCCAGUCUUUGAACUGGGGAUGGAUAGCCGGCAUGGGGGGUCUGGAGCUCCCCCUUUCUCCUCCCGGGGAGGGGGGAACUGGUGCAGACAGUGGUGCAGUGACUGUUGUGACGUCAUGCUGGUUUGCUGGUUUUUCACUUGGGGAGUUCUGUGCAAUAGUUUGGCUUUCAGUAGCAUUUUUU